GUCAUUCACGCAUGCGCACGGAAAGCUCUGCCAGUGGGAUGUCUCGCGCUAUCUUUCUACACUGGACUAGCCACAGCCUGAUCGAAAGGUGCCGACAUCAAGUGUCCAUACUUGUAUUUCUCUACGUUGAUCAAAAGUUAAACGAUGAGUGAUCCGAAAAGUGGUGAAGAUUUGGCGACUGCUAUUCUUCGUAAGAAGGAUAGGCCAAAUAGACUGUUGGUUGAUGAAGCUAUUGCAGAUGACAAUUCUGUGGUGGCACUUUCUCAGGCAAAAAUGGACGAGCUACAAUUGUUUCGUGGAGAUACUGUUUUAUUGAAGGGCAAGAGACGUAAAGAAACAGUAUGUAUUGUACUUUCUGAUGAUACCUGCCCAGAUGAGAAAAUUCGUAUGAACCGAGUUGUCAGAAAUAACUUGCGUGUACGUUUGAGCGAUGUUGUUUCUGUACAAGCAUGUCCAGAAGUCAAGUAUGGAAAGCGUAUUCAUGUAUUGCCGAUGGACGACACUGUCGAUGGUCUUACUGGAAAUCUAUUUGAAGUAUAUUUAAAGCCGUACUUCUUAGAAGCAUAUCGUCCAAUUCAUAAAGAUGACAAUUUCAUUGUACGAGGAGGAAUGCGUGCUGUGGAAUUCAAAGUAGUAGAAACUGAUCCAGGGCCUUUUUGCAUUGUGGCACCUGAUACAGUGAUACAUUGUGAAGGUGAUCCGAUUAAACGAGAGGAGGAGGAGGAAGCAUUGAAUGCUGUUGGUUACGAUGAUAUCGGCGGUGUUCGUAAACAAUUGGCACAAAUUAAGGAAAUGGUAGAAUUACCUCUGCGACAUCCAUCUUUAUUCAAAGCUAUUGGCGUUAAACCACCACGUGGUAUAUUGUUGUAUGGACCACCUGGAACAGGAAAGACUCUUAUUGCUCGUGCUGUAGCAAACGAAACCGGAGCAUUUUUCUUUCUUAUAAAUGGUCCUGAAAUUAUGAGCAAGCUGGCUGGUGAAUCUGAAAGUAAUUUGCGGAAGGCGUUUGAGGAAGCCGAGAAAAAUUCUCCGGCAAUUAUAUUCAUUGAUGAACUGGAUGCUAUUGCACCCAAACGUGAAAAGACACAUGGUGAGGUUGAGAGACGUAUAGUGUCACAGUUAUUGACGCUAAUGGAUGGCAUGAAGCAAAGUUCCCAUGUAAUUGUAAUGGCAGCUACUAAUCGACCGAACAGUAUCGACGGUGCAUUGCGCCGAUUCGGGCGGUUCGACAGAGAAAUUGAUAUCGGUAUACCAGAUGCUACUGGUCGGUUGGAAAUUUUGAGAAUUCACACGAAAAAUAUGAAACUUGCCGACGAUGUUGAUUUGGAAGAGAUUGCGGCGGAAACUCAUGGACACGUCGGCGCUGAUUUAGCGUCUUUAUGUUCUGAAGCAGCUCUCCAACAGAUUCGCGAAAAAAUGGAUCUUAUUGAUUUAGAGGACGAUCAUAUAGAUGCAGAGGUUCUGUCUUCUCUUGCAGUAACUAUGGAAAACUUUAAGUAUGCAAUGACGAAAAGCAGUCCGAGUGCUUUACGCGAAACGAUCGUGGAGGUACCGACAGUCACUUGGGAUGAUAUUGGAGGUUUACAAAAUGUUAAAAUGGAGUUACAAGAAUUGGUGCAGUAUCCAGUGGAGCAUCCUGAUAAAUUUUUGAAAUUUGGUAUGCAACCAUCAAGAGGCGUACUAUUUUAUGGUCCACCUGGUUGUGGCAAGACGUUAUUGGCCAAAGCAAUCGCCAAUGAGUGUCAAGCGAAUUUUAUUUCUGUCAAGGGUCCUGAAUUAUUGACUAUGUGGUUUGGAGAAUCGGAAGCUAAUGUCAGAGAUGUCUUUGAUAAGGCAAGAUCAGCUGCUCCUUGUGUAUUGUUUUUCGACGAACUUGAUUCUAUCGCGAAGUCUCGUGGGGGCACUGUCGGAGAUGCUGGCGGUGCGGCAGAUCGUGUGAUAAAUCAAAUACUAACGGAAAUGGACGGUAUGGGCGCGAAGAAGAAUGUAUUUAUUAUAGGAGCGACAAAUCGUCCCGAUAUCAUCGAUCCAGCAAUCUUGCGACCCGGUAGAUUAGAUCAAUUGAUUUAUAUACCAUUACCAGACGAGAAGUCCCGAGAAGCGAUAUUCCGCGCUAAUCUCCGCAAAUCACCUGUAGCUAAGGACGUAGACUUAAGCUAUAUAGCCAAAGUCACACAUGGAUUCUCUGGUGCUGAUCUUACAGAAAUCUGUCAGCGUGCAUGUAAGCUUGCCAUUAGACAGUGCAUUGAAACUGAAAUUCGUAGAGAAAAAGAACGAGCUAGUAAUCCAUCUGCUUCUAUGGAUAUGGAUGAGGAUGAUCCUGUACCAGAAAUAACGCGAGCUCACUUUGAGGAAGCCAUGAGGUUUGCGCGUCGUUCAGUAUCUGACAAUGAUAUUCGCAAAUAUGAGAUGUUUGCACAAACGCUUCAACAGUCUCGAGGAUUCGGAACUAAUUUCAGAUUUCCACAAAGUGGAGCAGGUGGUGCUCAAGAUAACACGCAAGGCGAUCAAGCCUUUCAAGAUGAUGGGGAUGAUGACCUCUAUAGCUAAGUUUUCGUUUCCUUAUAUGUCAUUACAGUGAACAUACGACAAAAGGGCCUGUUUGUUACCACAUAACAUUUUGCACAGGGAUCGUUUUUAAGUGCUACAAUUGAAAAAUAAAGAGCGAAUUAUAACGAAUGAAAUAACGGAAUUUUUGUCUAAGAUACAUAUAGUAGUUUUGUGUUUAUAAAAGGACAUGAAUUCUACAUAGUUGAGAAUCAGUCAUAUAUAAAAUAUCGAUUGAAACUAUUUUGUCACGAUUAUUUUCGUGCCAUUUAGCCCGUUUUAUUUUAACGAAACUUUGCCUUUUAGUGGAAUGUGCUAUCACAUCAAAUUAUCUUUUUCUAUUAACCAAGGUGGCAGCAUCGAAUAUAAUUGCAUCAUUGAUUGCUAAUUAUAUGAGACAGAAGAUUAUAAAGUGCAAAAUAACUCUUUAUGUUAUAUUUGCGUAUAUAUAGGAACAUACAUAUUGCAAUUGUAUAUUGCAUAUCUAAUCUAUUACAACUUUGUUAUAGAAUUUUAUAUGCAUUAGCAAUCAUAUAUUUUACUAUAUUAUUCGCUUGUUAGGAGCUUAAAUCAGAAUAGACCCUUUUGCUGCAUUAUCACUGUACUCACUCAGAAUACAUUCUGUUGUUUAUAUUCACAAAUUGCAGUAAUAUAAAAAUUUAUGCCAUGUCGAGAUAAAAUUGUCAUAAUUGAUAAUAAUGUAUGUUGACGAUUUUACAAAUAUUCCUUAAUAGUAAAUUAUCCACAUAUGACCAAAAAGCCUUUUUGAAUCUCAUUAUUCGGAUCAUGCAAUUAUAACCAUUCGCAGUUUUAUAAAUGUUGAGAUAUCUGAUAAAAAUUAAACCGAAUAAGAGAUUAUUAUAAAUACAACUCGGAUAAAAAAGAAAUGUUUAAAAUUUUCUUAUGAGACCGGCAAAUUUGUUAAUACUGUUACGUAAUUAAUCAUACAUGGUUGAACAUAAAUUCUAACAAUAGAAUUAUAAAAAAAAAGUGUAACAUACAUAUAUAUUAAAAUAUAAAUCAAUACAUUGCUAUUAGAGACAUUUUCUCUAAAUAACUGA